AAACUGUGAAACAUGGUGCUAAGGAUGCCGAGCGACAGUGAAAACCGGUGAAACACGGGCUUUGUUCCAGCGUGGUCAUGUCAUCCUGUCCAAUCAGCAUCAGCAUUCAUGGAGAGGAACCAAUAACUGAGGAUGGGAGUUCCCAAGGUGCCACGCCCUAUCAGCACCCAGGGCCGGGAGCAAUGGGUAGCAGAGAACUGGGGUCUUUCUCCACUCUGGACCUCAUCAGCAGCUGUGAGGGGUGCAAGACUGAGACCCAGUCCCCGAAAACCUGUGGGGUGCAGAGUAUGCCCAAUGCACCAGUGCCCACGAGAGACGGGAGGUGGAGGGUGAUGUCACUCUUCAUUAACGUCUCCAAAGUUCCCGUACUCCUCCUCCUUCUCUACACGUUUGUCUGUUCCCUGGACGUUCUCAGCUCAGCUUUCCAGUUGGCUGGUGGCAAGGUGGCGGGAGACAUCUUCAAGGACAAUGCCAUCCUGUCCAGUCCAGUAGCAGGGCUGGUGGUUGGUAUCCUAGUGACGGUCCUGGUCCAGAGCUCCAGCACCUCAACGUCGAUUGUCGUCAGUCUGGUGUCCUCUGGAUUGCUGGACGUGAAUUCUGCUGUCCCAAUAAUUAUGGGCUCCAACAUUGGGACAUCCGUCACCAACACCAUUGUGGCUCUAAUGCAAGCGGGAGAGCGAGACGAGUUCAGACGGGCCUUUGCCGGGGCAACGGUGCAUGACUGCUUCAACUGGCUUUCGGUCCUGGUGCUGCUGCCCUUGGAGGCGGCCACUGGCCUGCUUGGCCGCCUGGCUCGGGCUGUGGUCAGGAGCUUCCGCAUCCGGGGUGGGAAAGACGCCCCAGACCUGCUGAAGGUCAUCACCGAACCGUUCACCAGGCUCAUCAUCCAGCUGGACAAGUCAAUCAUCACAGCCAUUGCUACGGGAGACGAAAUCAUGCGAAACCAGAGUCUGAUCAAAGUGUGGUGCAAGACCAGUCUGAUCACAUCCUCAGUGAACAUUUCUGUUGAUGGUCCUGAAAACUGCACCACUGCAUACGACUGCUGGCAAGAGGGUGGCAGCGUUUGGACCGCACAGAACCUGACCCAUCAAGUCAACAUCCAAAAAUGUAGCCACCUGUUCGUGGACUCCCCUAUGUCAGACCUGGCGGUGGGGCUCCUCUUGCUCGGCACCUCCCUGCUGACCCUCUGCUCCUGCCUGGUGCUGCUUGUCAAGCUGCUGAACUCCCUCCUCAAGGGUCAGGUGGCAAAGGUCAUCCAGAAGUUCAUCAACACAGACUUCUCUUACCCCUUUGGCUGGCUGGCGGGGUACUUGGCCAUUCUGGUGGGGGCUGGGAUGACCUUUGUAGUCCAGAGCAGCUCAGUUUUCACCUCUGCCAUCACUCCCCUGAUUGGUAUCGGUGUAAUCAGCAUCGAGCGGGCCUACCCCCUCACUCUGGGGUCCAACAUCGGCACGACCACCACCGCCAUCCUCGCUGCCCUGGCCAGCCCCGGGGAGAAGCUGGCUCCCGCGUUCCAGGUGGCACUGUGCCACUUCUUCUUCAACAUCCUGGGCAUCCUGCUGUGGUACCCGGUGCCGGCGACGCGACUCCCGAUCCGCAUGGCGAAGGCGCUGGGUGAGCGGACGGCCCGGUACCGCUGGUUCGCCGUGCUCUACCUGCUGGUUUGCUUCCUGCUGCUCCCGUCCGUGGUGUUCGGCCUGUCCGCGCUGGGCUGGCGGGCCACGGCGGGCGUGGGGGCGCCCUGCGGCGCCGCCCUGCUGUUCGUCCUGGCCGUGAACUGGCUGCAGUCCCGCAGGCCCCGCCUCCUCCCCCGCCGGCUGCGCACCUGGGACUUCCUGCCUCUCUGGGCGCGCUCCCUCCGGCCACUCGACGCCCUCAUUGCCAGGGCGACGCUGAAAUGCCACGCCUGCACGGAUGACCCCUGCCCUUCCCCCAGCACGCCUCAGCGCACCCCAGAAUUGACCGUGACCCAAAUCAAGCCCCACUCGCCUUGUGAUAACGCCGCUUCCUCUUACCUGGACGAGAGCCCUGCCUCCUGCUCACCAGACAAAAGCGUUCGCCUUUAAUAUGGGGUCAUCCUGUUACUUAGUGAUAUUACGACAUACAGUUUUUUUAUUUUAGCUUUUGGUCCUUAUGUGCAGUGAAUGUUUUGUGUGUUGUGUAGUGCAACUUUCCCUUAGAAUGUUCUACUUUCAGCAGAGUUUGUACUGCACUAGCGUGUGUUGCCCUGGGAACCGUAGCCCUGGUGAACAUACAACAAACAAAAACAUUUUCUAUAAAA